AUGCAAACAUUUUCAGUUUAUCUAUCUAUCUAUCUAUCAAACAUUUUCAGUAUCUAUCUAUCUAUCUAUUCAAACAUUUUCAUUAUCUAUCUAUCUAUCUAUCUAUGCAAACAUUUUCAGUAUCUAUCUAUCUAUCUAUCUAUGCAAACAUUUUCAGUUUCUAUCUAUCUAUCUAUGCAAACAUUUUCUAUCUAUCUAUCUAUCUAUGCAAACAUUUUCAGUAUCUAUCUAUCUAUUAUCUAUGCUAUCUAUCUAUCUAUCAUCUAUGCAAACAUUUUCAGUAUCUAUCUAUCUAUCUAUCUAUGCAAACAUUUUCAGUAUCUAUCUAUCUAUCUAUCUAUGCAAACAUUUUCAGUAUCUAUCUAUCUAUCUAUCUAUGCAAACAUUUUCAGUAUCUAUCUAUCUAUCUAUCUAUGCAAACAUUUUCAGUAUCUAUCUAUCUAUCUAUCUAUGCAUCUAUCAUCUAUCUAUCUAUGCAAAACAUUUUCAGUAUCAUCUAUCUAUCUAUCUAUGCAUUUUCUUCUAUCUAUCUAUCUAUCCAAACAUUUUCAGUAUCUAUCUAUCUAUCUCUUGCAAACAUUUUCCAAAUUUUCUAUCUAUGCAAACAUUUUCAGUAUCUAUCCCUAUCAUUUUCCUAUCUAUCUAUCUAUCUAUAGUAUCUAUCUAUCUAUCUAUCUAUGCAAACAUUUUCAGUAUCUAUCUAUCUUCUAUCUAUGGGUAUCUAUCUAUCUAUCUAUCUAUGAAACAUUUUCAGUAAAUCUAUCUAUACAAACAUUUUCAGUAUCUAUCUAUCAUUUUAUGCAAACAUUUUCAGUUUCUAUCUAUCUAUCUAUGCAAACAUUUUCAUAUCUAUCUAUCUAUCUAUCUAUCUUUUCAUCUAUCUAUCUAUCUAUCUAUGUUUUCAAUCAUUUUCAUCUAUGCAAACAUUUUCAGUAUCUAUCUAUCCUAUCUAUCUAUGUUUCUUUAUCUAUUCUUUCAAACAUUUUCCAGUAUUUUUCUAUCUAUAUUUAUCUAUCUAUCUAUCUAUCUAUCUAUCUAUCUAUCUAUCUAUCUAUCUAUCUAUCUAUCUAUCUAUGCAAACAUUUUCAGUAUCUAUCUAUCUAUCUAUCUAUGCAAACAUUUUCUUUUCAGUUUCUAUCUAUCUAUCUAUCAAACAUUUUCAUAUCUAUCUAUCUAUCUAUCUAUGCAAACACCAGUAUCUAUCUAUCUAUCAUCUAUCUAUUUCUAUCUAUCUAUCUAUCUAUCUACAUCCUUUAUCUAAAUCUAUGCAAACAUUUUUCAGAUCUUUCUAUCUAG